AUCACCUACUAAGCACUGUGUUUAAAUAUCAAGAGAAGGCCUGUCUACUUGUAGAUCUCUUUGAUCUGUAUUCAUGUCUUGUCUCAAGUUCUCCUACACGUAAACACCUCAUUGUCACUUCGCCGACCACGAAUUGCUUCGGACAAACCCGCCGAUCACCACUCUAGCAUCCGUUCAUUCGACCAGCCCCGAUAAGCUGACAAGAUCAGCCCACCCAGAAGAACAUCAUGGAUAUCCAAAUUUCGCCAGCGACGAUAGAUGACAUCCCAGAAAUCCUGGAACUCACCCAGAAAGCACGCGUGGACAUGUACCCGCAUCUGGACGAGCACUGGCGUGCCAUGAAGGCUGAGCAAGAUCUCGCAACGUUCCAGAAGACAUUUUUCGAUCACCCAGAUGGCGCCUUUAUCGUCGCGCGAUCAGAGAACCAAAUCAUUGCGACAGUUGGAUAUCAACACUACGAUUACCGAUUUCCGCAGCUCACUCCACUGCCCGACGGCGUGGUUGAAGUCGUGAGACUUUUCGUGGUCCCAGCUUGGCGGCGCGGCGGAUUGGCAUCCCGAUUAGUUUCGGCUUUGGAGAAGGCAGCGAGAGAAGCGGGCCUGAAACAGUUGUAUCUUCAUACCCAUCCAUUCCUGCCAGGAGCGAUCAAAUUCUGGGAACGGCAGGGAUUCGUCGUUUUGGAUAUUGAUCGAGAUGAUGCUGUAUGGCAGACAACACAUAUGAGCCGUAACCUAGAAGGGUGAUUUCAGCUCUAAUCAAAACUAUGCGAG